AUGGAGUUUGGUGUUGAGCAAAUUGAUAAAUUAAUUUCGGCUGAAAUUCCUUCAUUUGAAAAUGAUCCACACUAUUAUGCUUAUGUUGAAGAAUUUAUGGUACAUGGUCCUUGUGGCAUUUCUUAUCCAUCAUCUCCAUGCAUGUCAAAUGGCCGGUGUAGCAAACACUUUCCUAAAAGGUUUCUUGAUGUGACAACAUUUGACGAAGAAGGGUAUCCUGCUUAUAGGCGUAGGGAUAAUGGUCGUGUUAUUAUGAAAAAUGGCAUUCCAUUAGAUAAUCGAUAUGUUGUACCUCACAAUCGUUAUCUGCUCAUGAAAUAUGGAUGUCAUAUAAAUGUUGAGUGGUGUAAUCAGUCGCGAUCGAUUAAGUACUUAUUCAAAUACGUCAAUAAAGGGCAGGAUCGUAUUACAACCACUUUCAUGGAAUCAGGUAUGGAUGGGAAUGAGAACAAUAUUGAUGAAGUGAAACUGUAUUAUGAUUGUAGGUACAUCUCUUCUUGUGAGGCUAUUUGGAGAAUAUUUGGAUUUGAUAUCCAGUUUAAAGAUCCAUCAGUUGAAAGGUUGGGGUUUCAUUUUGAAAAUGAACAAAGUGUUGUUUUUUCAGAAUUCGAACCUCUAGAUAUUAUGUUGGAUCGAAAAACAGCUCAUCAGAGUAAGUUUUUGGGUUGGAUGGAUGCAAAUAAAAAAUAUCUUCAAGGUAGGGAUCUAAUUUAUUCUGAAUUUCCUACAAAAUUUGUAUGGAAAGAAGGUUGUUGGCAACUUAGGAAGAAGAAAUUUGCUAUCGGGAGAUUGUUUCACAUUGCUCCAGGAUCAGGUGAAUUGUAUUAUCUUAGAUGUAUGUUGAAUAUAGUUCGUGGAGCUACAAGUUAUGAAGAAAUUAGAACUGUAAAUGGUAUUCAACAUGCUACAUUUCGGGAUGCCUGUUUUGCUUUGGGGUUGUUAGAUGAUGAUAAGGAAUAUAUUGAUGGCAUUAUUGAAGCAAGUUUUUGGGCAUCUACAGAUUGUUUAAGAAAACUAUUUGUGACUUUAUUGUCUUCUGAAUCGAUUUCUCGCCCAAAUUUUGUGUGGGACAGUUGUUGGAAGUUUCUAUCUGAAGAUGUUCUUUACAAACAACGAAGAUUGUCCAAUAAUCCAGAUUUGAUGUUGGAUGAUGAUCAAAUAAAGAACUUUGCUUUGGUUGAGAUUGACAAACUCUUGGUAAAUGUUGGGAGAAGUUUGCGAAAUUUUGAUGGUAUUCCAUAUCCCUCCUCAGAGUAUUUUCAGUGUUCUUUUGAUAGAAUGAUAAAUGAAGAAUUAUCUUAUGAUCGUGUAGCUUUAUCGAAAGAUAUUAUGAACUUCACAUCGAAGUUCACUGAUGAGCAACGACAUGUAUUUGAUAUCAUUAUGUUGUCAGUGAAUUCAAGUAUUGGUGGAAUGUUUUUCGUCUAUGGUUAUGGUGGCACGGGAAAAACAUUUUUGUGGAAAUCAUUGUCAGCGGCUAUACGAUCAAAAGGUGAAAUUGUGUUGAAUGUUGCUUCAAGUGGCAUAGCCUCGCUGUUAUUGCCUGGAGGAAGAACUGCUCAUUCUCGGUUUAAGAUUCCUAUAAAUCCAAAUGAAGAUUCAACUUGUAAUAUCAAUCAAGGAAGUGAACUUGCCUUAUUGAUCCAAAGGGCAAAACUUAUCAUAUGGGAUGAAGCUCCAAUGACCCAUAAAUAUUGUAUCGAGGCUUUAGAUAAGAGUUUGCGAGAUAUCAUGCGAAAUGUCACCGAAUCGAGUAUGGAAUUGCCAUUUGGUGGGAAAACUGUUGUUUUUUGUGGUGAUUUUAGACAGAUACUACCGGUUGUUCCUAAGGGUAGUCGCCAAGAUAUUGUUAAUGCUACUAUUAAUUCUUCCUAUCUUUGGAAAAGUUGCAAAGUUUUGAGGUUGACGAAAAAUAUGAGACUUUUUGGUAUUGCAUCUGCCGAGGAAGCUUCGAAGUUGAAAGAAUUUUCAAAAUGGAUUGCAUCUAUUGGAGAUGGAGUUGUUGGGGAUUCCAAUGAUGGUUAUGCUAAUAUAAAUAUUCCGAGUGACCUUUUGUUGAAGGUUGAUGGUGAUCCUUUAAGAACAAUUGUUUCGAGCACUUAUCCAAAUUACAUGAACCAUGGUGAAUUAAGUUCUCAUUUGCAUGAUCGAGCUAUUUUGGCUCCUACAUUAGACAUGGUGGAUUUG